GGUUCAUCCUUUCAACAUAUUAACAAGCUACCAGAAUUGUUUUAUAUGUAGUUUGAAUAAUAGCUAAAACAGCAGUUCGGUCAGUUUGUUUAACUGUAUAUAACAUUGUGCCCCCCCCCCCUUGACAUCGUCUUAUAUCUGCAUACUCCGACCAUAGAAUCUUAUAUACACUAGAUAGUGCAUCUAAUUAUUCUGCAAUUCAAAAACUGAAGCCGUGAUUGCAGACUCAGGAUAUUCCCAUGAAAUGAGAAGACUCGUAUGUUUUCUAUUUCUUAAACAGGGAACUUAAACAUUAAGUUAAACCUAUUCCAAAUGCAUUUUCGAACUAUUCAAAUGAUGAAAGUUAUUGUUGUUUUUUAAGCGUUUAUUAGCGAGUGGGAAACUCCAACAUGGCCGCCAUCUAUUCAAAUGGGGGUAACCGCUGGAAUAUUCUUGGCUUCAAUUUUACUAAAAGAGAUGCGCUAUCUAGUUUAUAUAAGAUAUCUAUGACUCCGACUUAUAGUCCUGGGAUGACGACAUGAUAUCGCAAGUCGGGCGAAACCGUUAGGGAAUUUUUUGGAGACAAUGCCACAACGUCCAGUAAUUUGUACUACGUUGACAUUUCGAACUGACUAAGACCCCAUGCCCAUUCGCAGUACAAGGAUAAUAACAUUUUGUACUGAUUGCUACGUUUUUAAUCGACCACAUGCUUACUAUGACACACUUGUACGAAGCACAUUAGUUAAGGAUAACUGACUAUAACUAGAGUAGAAUAUACUUUUGAUUACCGGACCUUGUGAGAGAGUAAUCAUUGUCUACCUUAAUGAAACGACGUACUUAGUUCAUUUAUUUGAUUAUAUAAUACGGCUACCAAACGAAGGACCCGCGGUUCUUGUUAUAUCUUUCAAGUCAUCCCCGAUUAGGGUGAUGGAGGCAAUGCCCCGGUUAAGGUCAGGAGGGUUAUGGGUAAGGGUCAAUGUGUGGGGUAGAGUCAGGUACUCAGAAUAAAAAAACUGGCUGUAUAUCAUGAUACGAAACAAGAGAAUGAGUUGUAAAGAAUCGUUCAAGCAGUGCAUGGUGCAUCAAGUGAUUGUUGAGAAAAUUUAGCUUUAGGUCUUGCCACAUUCCGUUAGUGGACGACUUUUACUGAGAAAAUAUAGCUUUAGGUCUUGCCACAUUCCGUUAGUGGACGACUUUUGCUGAGAAAAUAUAGCUUUAGGUCUUGCCACAUUCCGUUAGUGGACGACUUUUACUGAGAAAAUAUAGCUUUAGGUCUUGCCACAUUCCGUUAGUGGGCGACUUUUACUGAGAAAAUAUAGCUUUAGGUCUUGCCACAUUCCGUUAGUGGACGACUUUUGCUGAGAAAAUAUAGCUUUAGGUCUUGCCACAUUCCGUUAGUGGACGACUUUUACUGAGAAAAUAUAGCUUUAGGUCUUGCCACAUUCCGUUAGUGGGCGACUUUUACUGAGAAAAUAUAGCUUUAGGUCUUGCCACAUUCCGUUAGUGGACGACUUUUACUGAGAAAAUAUAGCUUUAGGUCUUGCCACAUUCCGUUAGUGGACGACUUUUACUGAGAAAAUAUAGCUUUAGGUCUUGCCACAUUCCGUUAGUGGACGACUUUUACUGAGAAAUAUAGCUUUAGGUCUUGCCACAUUCCGUUAGUGGACGACUUUUACUGAGAAAUAUAGCUUUAGGUCUUGCCACAUUCCGUUAGGGGACGACUUUUACUGAGAAAAUAUAGCUUUAGGUCUUGCCACAUUCCGUUAGGGGACGACUUUUACUGCGAAAAUAUAGCUUUAGGUCUUGCCACAUUCCGUUAGGGGACGACUUUUACUGCAGAAAAUAUAGCUUUAGGUCUUGCCACAUUCCGUUAGGGGACGAAUUUUACUGAGAAAAUAUAGCUUUAGGUCUUGCCACAUUCCGUUAGGGGGCGACUUUUACUGAGAAAAUAUAGCUUCCGCGUUUCCGUUAUUGUUCAGCGUGUCUGCGCAUGCGCUGUUAGCUGUCUUUUGUCAAAAUCUCCUAGAACUUUCCGCACUAUUUUGUUGACUCGUAAUAAGAAAACUAUUCCAUUUAACAGCAUGCGCUGUAAUAAGCCUGGUAACAAGAGAAUGACAGAUCACAGUUGAUGACUGUAGGAACCAGUCUGCGCGGAGUCUCCAUGGUGACAUCGUCAAACGAUGUGCGCGGACUAUAUGCAGGAACUAGUGCUUGACGACAAUUUUCAUUUGCUAUAACCCGAGAAGAUAUUCUUUGAACACGCAAUUAUUGGUUUAAAAAGCAAGCUUUUUGGUUUUUUACUGUUGAUGAUGUUUUUUGAAACUGUUGGGUUGUUGAUAUUUGCCUUGAGACCGCGUUCUUCGUUAUUUCAUGUUUACUUUAUAGUACAUUAUCCCGAGCCACGCUAAACCAGAAGUACAUAUGGAGUGAAGACAGACUCACUGUUUGAUAUCUUUGUCCCAAUGCUGAUAACAAGAACUGCAGGCGGUCGACCACAAGUCCAAAACAUUUAUUCCUGUUAUUUAUUAAAAUUAUCAUAAAUGUGUCUCAAACAUCGUUUAUCUUUUAAGUUUGGCAGAUUUCUUCAACAACGAUUACAAUUUGAAAUUUUCUCCCCUAGUCAGCAGGUAGAACACACUGGUGUGCUUAAAAUAACAAGUUUCAGUUUUACAUAACAUUUGCAUCGUCUGUCUGGUGGACAGAGUCAUUAUACGAAUCUGAUGAAUACUGGCGUAUCACAAAUGAAUCUCUGACCUGUCGCUCCAUGUAGCGUUCUUGUGCAGAUCUACAGACAACUUGGACAUAACUACAUCCGUUUAUUCAUAGAACUUUCUCAACUUUUCGUCUGACGUUUGUGUCACAUUUUUCAUGAACUAUGAUUUAUCAUCGGCUUGCGGGCUUCCUAAAACGAACAGUUACAAGUGCUGUGAGGAAAUUUGAACAACGCGGCACUAGCAAAGCGGCUGUUUUUUAUAAGAAGUGGGUUUAUGAGCUGUCGUACACCGCGUAAUCAACGAAGCUUCCUUAUCGCCAGAAACAGCUGAGAUGUGCAUUAUUAUGGAAAUCUCGGGCGCAAUACGCCGAUUUAAUGCACCAUACUGUCACAAUUAGCAGGUCACAGUGAUCAAAAUAUUACAAACAAAAAAACAACGCAUGUUUGAGAGUGAGUUAUAAAAAAUAUUACGAUGAGCGAUUUCGGUCGCCGCGUAAUUUAUUGUGUUGGAUGCGUUGACCAAUCAAUAGCCAUUAAUGCACUGUAAAAUCACCACAUUGUUCUUUUGCACUGCAGUUCAGGCAGCCCACAUGCUAAUAACGUGAUUCUAUUCUUGUCCUAGGAGUUUCGUACACUAUGUUGUAGUGUCGCGUAUACUGAGUGACAUGCCCGUGAAGAAAGGUUAUAUGUCGCCUCAAAACGUUUUCGUCGAGAAUAUCAUAAGAAAGUUUGAUGGUUCGCGUGAGUACAGCUCUAGUUUGUUUAUUCAAAUAUUAAAUAACUCGUAUGUAUAUGUUGCUUAAUGUUUAUACACUAUUUGUCUAGCUGAACGAAACUUCAUAUUGGGAAAUGCUCAGUUGCUUGACACACCUAUCGUGUAUACAAAUGAUGGAUUUUGCACGCUUACUGGAUAUAAACGAACAGAACUGUUGCAAAACUCUACAAAUUGUGAUUUCUUAUGCGGGCAAGGAACAGACCCGCUUGCCGUACAAACGAUCAGAGACGCCUUACGUGGAAGUGAUGAAAAGAAAGUGCAAGUAUUAUACUACAAGAAAAACGGUAAGUCACUAAAAAUGAUUUGUUAUGUCGUCCCCAACCGCAGCAGACGUUUCGCAUUCUAAUUUCAAAUUUAUGUAGCAAUUU